AAAAGGGGUUUGGUAUCAUGUGAUCGCCCAACUUUGAAGUUUUAAAGGCAAAAAGGUACAAUCUUCUGCUGCUCGUCAAAGCUCCAUCCUUUAUUACUUCGUCUUGUCCAAAAUCAUGUGGUAUCUCGCGUAAUGUCCUAAAUCAGUGCUCCCAGGAAAAAGAAUAGACCCUUGCUUGAUCUGCUUUGCGCGUGCCAGUUUGCUCUCCCCACUGCCCCUUCUCCUUCUGUCUUGCUUCACUCACUCCACCCUUCCACUGCUCUGCUCCUUCCUCUUCCCGUAAGCUCUGUGGGGGAGAGAGAUUUAAAGGGGCAAUGAAAGGGAAGGGAGAAAUGGUGUUGAAAUCAAGGAUGAAAUGGGUUGGUUUGGUGGGUAUUGUUCUUUCAGCGUUUUCCCUCUUCACCCAUUUCUUUCUUGCUAGAUUUACUCAAGAGGGUAUUUCUGAGUUUCAAUCCUCUGUUACAAUCUUCUCGUGGAGACCCGUUUUUGAACAUGCAGUUUUCCCCCCCAAUAGUCCUUUGUUUAGACGGCUUUGGGGCCCUGUAAGGCUGCUGGAGUCUUUGCAUCCUGAUGCUAAUCCUAGACAACAUUAUCCUGAUCCCUCAUUACAAUCAAAUGGAUUCAUCUUUGUUCGGAUACAGGGCGGAUUCCAUGAGAUCAGGAAUUCGAUUUGUGAUGUUGUUGUCGUUGCUCGGCUACUUAAUGCCACCUUAGUAAUUCCCGAGAUUCAAUCGACCACGAGCAGCAAAGGAAUCAGUUCCCAGUUCAAGAGUUUUGCUUACCUCUAUAGUGAGGACCAUUUCAUCACGGCCUUGUCGAGAGACGUUAAAAUCGUGAAGACCCUUCCGAGAAAUCUUAAAGGUGCUCGGAGGAAAAAGGAGAUCCCGCGAUUUAAAGCACCUUACUUAGCAUCUCCUUAUUUCUAUCGGCGCCAUGUACUUCCUGUUUUGAAGAAGCACUUGGUGGUUGAACUAGUUGUCUCUGAUGGUGGAUGCAUGCAGGCUGUCCUUCCGCCUGAUCUCGAAGAGUACCAGAGAUUGAGAUGUAGAGUUGCUUUUCAUGCUCUUCGAUUCAGAAUGGAAGUUCAGGAUCUUGCCACCAAAAUUCUGCAGAGGCUUAGAGCUCCAGGCAGGCCGUUCAUAGCCUACUAUCCUGGGAUGACACGGGAGGCAUUAGCGUAUUACGGUUGUGCUGAACUGUUCCAGGAUGUACAUAACGAGCUCAUUGAGCACAAAAGAUCGUGGAUGCGAAGGCGCGGGAUCAUCAAGGGGAAGCUUUCAGUGAAUUCUGAGGAGCAACAACUCAAUGGUUCUUGUCCUCUAAUGCCAGAAGAGGUCGGAAUUCUUCUCCGAGCUCAUGGAUAUUCAUGGGACACCAUUAUAUAUGUGUCGGGCGGAGAAGUUUUUGGUGGACAAAGAACCUUGAUUCCUCUCCAUGCUAUCUUUGAGAAUGUUGUGGACAGGACUUCCCUUAGCUCCCCAUGGGAACUUAAUAGGCUUUACGGUCGCGAGAUUAACGUCGAUAGCAACUAUCCAAGGUCUCCACCUUCCAUUUCGAAGGAGCAGAAGCCUGAUGCAUGGAAGACAGACGGACCACGUCCUCGUCCAUUGCCACCACCUCCGGCAAGGCCAAAGUAUCCACAUAACAUAGAAGGCUGGUGGGGUUGGGUAGCUGAGAGUGACAUUGAGCCUGAAAGUACUGUGAUGGAGUUGAGAACCAAUGCCCAUAAAUUGCUUUGGGAAGCUAUAGAUUAUUUCAUAUCCGUUGAAGCCGAUGUUUUUAUCCCUGGUUUCGACCGUGAUGGCAAGGGGCAUCCAAAUUUUGCGAGUUUGGUGAUGGGCCAUAGGCUUUAUCAGUCAGCUUCCCUUAAAACAUAUCGACCCGAUAGAAGAGAAGUGGCAACUCUGUUAGCAGAAACCAGAGACCACCUAUAUCAAGCGAACUAUACAUGGCUGAGAUCGAUCCGUCGACAUCUAAGAAAAUCAAUACUUGAUGGACUUAUGGAGGCAUCGACAACAUCAAAAUCGAUAUCGUUUCUAUCUCAUCCAGUUCCCGAAUGUUCUUGCUCGAGACAGGACCCAGCUCAAUUGCAAGCUCAGGCUGGUGGUGGUCUAGGAGCUGUGCAGCAUUGUCGUGGUUGGAUGCGAAGCGAGUCGGGAAUGCAAUCAAAAGAUAAGCAGAAUGAAGAAGAUGGCGACGAAGAUGAUCCAACGUCGGAAUUGUUUUUCAAGUACAGUAGCGAAAACCAGGUGGAGGGAAAUGGAGAUAUGAACAGCAAGGAAGCUAUUCUGUUGAAUGAUCAAGAAGAACUUGAUGGAGGAGAGAGAUAGCCAUUGAUAGCAACAGUUUUGUAAAUUUUCUUUGUUUUUAAGACAAUAUUUGAAAAUGGUGAAAUUUUAGGUUUUA